AUGCCACCGCGCCGAAGAACCAACCCCAAAGACGAAUAUGUCACGGCGUUUGAGCGCGCCCACCCGAACCUGCAGCGGUUCCUACUCACAGCAUGCCAAGCGUCAUCACCCCUGCUUCUCGCCACCACUCUCUUUGCUGCUGGAUUCAUGAAGCGUCCGGCGUGGGAGCGCGUUUUCAUGUGGAGGGCCGCAUUGUGCAGUUUUUUGUCGAGGUGGAUCUUGGUGUCCUGUGCUAUCACUUGGACGCUGAGGGGCUGGGGUGACGGUGAUGCUGGCAAUGGCGGUGACGGUGGCGGUGGUGAGCGGGAGCGCCACCAGCGGGAGGAGCAGCAGGAUCGGGAUCAGGACGGACAGCAGGACCAGAGGCCAGGAGAGGGAGAUUGA